UUCGCGGGUCAGCUUCGCGGCGCUGGCCGCGGCCGCAAAGGGCAGCGGAGGCGCCUCACGGAGCCUGGGCUGCCGUGGCGAUGGCCUGACCCCUGUGCGGUUUUUCUGCGAUAGUAUUUUUUAUUUCUUUUUCUAUAAACCGACUCUGCAAGCGCUGUGUAGAUGCCAAAGCACUUUCCUGGCCGUUAGCUUCGGGGCGCUUCUCCACAUCCCGGGAAGGUAGCUUCCUUUGAGACUGCUCCUGCAGGGGAAAUGGUGGAGCUUCCUUAUUACUGCGAAUGUGGAAAGAAGCCCAGCCUCCCCACUCAGCCUCAGUUGGCCCUAAGCAGGGAGGAGUGGCAUACUACUAUUUUCAGGAGUCUGUGGGGAAGCCAGCCCCGGACCAUGAGAUCGCUGGGGAAUCCGCACAGCCCAUAGGGGAGACCUUAAGGCCAGUGUGGGGGCUGAUGGAUAAGUGUUACCCUGUGACCACUCAGAGACGCAGAGUCAGGAGUGGGAAGAAGCAAGCCUCUGAGGCCGUGCCCCCCAGGGCAACAGGAGGACCGAACGGUGCUGCCGAGGGGGAGACGGACGUCUUGUCUCAGCAUGAGGGGGCGGGGAGGGCCCCAGAGGCGGGAGCAGCCGGCCCCGUUGCUGCCGGGAAGGAGAUGGCUGAGGAGGAGGAGGAGGAGGUGGCAGGGAUGCGAGGCGGGGAGACCUGUCCUCGCCCACCACUGCGUCCUUUCUUUCUUCCCAGGAAGAUAAAAACGUCCGUCAGGAGAUUGCAAUAUACCGUGCCGGUAAGAUGGCAGGCCCCGGCCCGGUGCAGGACUGUCCCUCCCCGACCUCAGCGACCCUGCAGCGGCCACAGAUCGCUCCUCUCAGACCUCCUGGCCUGGGUGGGGAGGGGAGGGAAGAAGUCCAGGGAGCCUGAUGCCCCAUCCUCCCCGAAGCACCCCCUGCCUCCUGCUUCCUUCCUGGUAGCGGGAACCGAGGCCCCGCCCCCCGGGCUGGAGGACCAGCCGGCAGGUUCUGGGCCUGUUCCCUGAGGCGGCCUGGUCCUGGGGAAAGGCCCUCCCGGCAAGGGACCCACAGGCUUGCCUGUCUGUGCUUUCUAGAGGCCUCUGAAGUGGAGAGAGAGGAGGAAGGGCCUGGGGCCUGGGUGCCCCAGCUGCUCAAGAGGCUCU